CCAAAAAAGGAGGUAGCAGAAUGUAAGGAAAAGUUUGCAAAUUCCCUGGAUCCAACGGUUAGUCAGACUUUUAUGCUGGAUCGAGUGUUCAAUCCCGAGGGGAAGUCAUUGCCGCCGAUGCGAGGAUUCAAGUAUUCCAGCUGGUCGCCGCUGGGCUGUGAUGCGAAUUCAAGAUGCCUGCUCGCAGCUUUAACCAUGGACAACCGAUUGACCAUCCACGCAAACCUCAACAGACUGCAGUGGGUGCAGCUGGUGGACCUGACAGAGAUCUAUGGGGAGUGUUUGUAUGAAGCCAGCUACAAACUUUCCAAGGCUGACACUCCCAGGGGAGAACUAGGAGACUUCUCGGAAUUUCAGCGACGGCACAGCAUGCAGACUCCGGUGCGCAUGGAGUGGUCGGGCAUCUGCACCACUCAGCAGGUCAAACACAACAACGAAUGCCGGGAUGUCGGUAGCGUGCUCUUAGCAGUACUCUUUGAAAAUAGCAACAUUGCAGUUUGGCAAUUUCAGCUUCCAUUUCUGGGUAAGGAAUCAAUUACUUCUUGCAAUACCAUAGAGUCUGGAAUAAAUUCCCCGAGUGUCUUGUCUUGGUGGGAAUAUGAACAUAACAACCGAAAGAUGAGUGGACUUAUUGUAGGGAGUGCUUUUGGACCGGUUAAGAUCCUUCCUGUCAAUCUCAAAGCAGUCAAAGGCUACUUUACGCUGAGACAACCCAUAGUCUUAUGGCAAGAAAUGGACCAGUUACCAGUGCAUAGCAUCAAAUGUAUUCCUCUCUACCACCCCUACCAGAAAUGUAGCUGUAGCUUAGUGGUGGCUGCAAGAGGAGCUUACGUGUUCUGGUGUCUCCUGCUGAUAUCCAAAGCGGGUCUGAAUGUCCACAAUUCCCACGUGACAGGGCUUCAUUCCUUGCCAAUCGUAUCUAUGACUGCAGACAAACAGAACGGCACGGUGUAUACGUGCUCCAGUGAUGGAAAGGUAAGGCAGCUGAUUCCUAUAUUCACGGACGUUGCUUUAAAGUUUGAGCACCAGCUGAUUAAGCUCUCGGAAGUGUUUGGCUCUGUCAGGACUCACGGAAUAGCUGUUAGCCCAUGCGGUGCGUACUUAGCAGUUAUCACGACAGAGGGCAUGACUAACGGUCUUCACCCAGUUACCAAAAACUACAAAGUUCAGUUUGUAACCCUUAAGACUUUCGAGGAGGCCGCUGCGCAGCUCCUGGAAUCUUCUGUUCAGAACCUUUUCCGGCAAGUGGACUUGACGGAUCUUGUACGCUGGAAAAUUUUGAAGGAUAAGCAUAUUCCUCAAUUCUUGCAGGAAGCACUGGAUAAAAAGAUUGAGAGCUGUGGUUCUACUUACUUCUGGCGGUUUAAGCUGUUUCUCCUGAGGAUUUUGUACCAGUCAAUGCAGAAAGCUCCCUCAGAGGUCAUGUGGAGACCUUCACAUGAGGAUGCAAAAAUCUUGAUAUCAGAUUCCCCUGGGAUGGGCAGCACUGAAGAUGACCAAGAGGAAGGAACUUCUAAACAAGCCAGGUGUGACACAGGCAAAGGUAUGGACAUAGAUGACACUGCAGACGAUUCUCUCCGUCAGUCAAGCGAUAUGGGAGGCCGUGAGCCAAUGGAAGAAAAGCUGCUUGAAAUACAGGCACAAAUUGAGGCGGUGGAAAUGCAUUUGACACGAGAACACAUGAAGCGGGUGUUGGGAGAAGUUUAUCUGCACACCUGGAUUACAGAAAACACCAGCAUUCCCACCAGAGGAGUCUGUGACUUCUUAAUGUCCGAUGAUGGCUACAAUGACAGAACAGCACGAGUGCUGAUUGGGCAUAUCUUAAAGAAAAUGAACAAACAGACUUUUCCAGAGCACUGCAGCCUGUGUAAAGAGAUCCUGCCAUUCACCGAUCGCAAACAGGCAGUCUGCUCCAAUGGACAUAUUUGGCUCAGGUGCUUUCUAACCUACCAGUCCUGUCAGAGUUUGGUGUAUAGGAGGUGUUUGCUUCAUGACAGCAUUGCACGGCAUCCAACCCCAGAAGAUCCUGAAUGGAUCAAGAGGUUAUUGCGAGGACCUUGCACGUUCUGUGAUUCUCCUGUGUUCUAGAGAAGAGCCAUGUAAAGAUUGAAAGUAUUUUC